AUGGAAUUAAAUAACUCGAAUAAAGAGAAUUAUGACCCCAUUAAAAGAACUUUUUCAAAUUCCGAUGAAUAUAGAAAUUUCCAGCAAAGAGUAAUUAAAAAUGCAUUAAAUUCUUCACAACGACAUAAUCGAGUCCCGUUAGCUGAAAUUUACAUGAACAUUUUAGAAGAAAUAAUAGAGAUCGAAAAUGCUGAUGAAACCGUCUCUCCUGAAAACGAUAGAGAGGUUGACUCUUUAACAAGUAUCAUAACUAGCCAGUCCUCUUCAGCUACCUCUCAUUAG